AUGAAGCAGGAGAAUGCGUCUUGCAGUGUGUCUGGGAGAAGCACCAGGAAGUUUUUUGUUGAUUGCACAAAGCCAGCUGAAGACAGUUUGAUUUCACCUACUGAGAUGCAAGCGUUUCUACAGCAGAAGAUCAAAUGCAGGAUUGGAAAGAAGGAGAACCUUCUCAAGGUGUCAGUGACCGGAAAUGUUGUUGAGGUGUCAGUAACCGGCGGGUUUAUUGGCAAGCAAGGAUUAAAGUGGCAAGCAAAAAGGUUUUUGCACAUGAAGAGGUUGCUCUCGUUUGUGAAAGUUUUUGCAAAGGGCGAUGAUGGAUUUGAGUUCCGUUAUAUCAAUGAAGAGAGCAAUGAACAGGAAUAA